GCCCCUGGGACAGCGUGAGAGCCAGGAGAGCCGCCGAGGAGGAGUCGGCCGGUUCCGCUGUCUCCCGCGCCCGUUCAAAGCCAGGAGCCCGUCGCCUCCGGAGGAAGGAUGCGGGCUGGUCGAGCGGCAGCCUGAGGGAGCUGGAAGGACCAUCCUUUUUUCAACAAGGAGAAAACAAACAGACAUGAAAAGUACUCCACACUUCAGCUUAGGAUGCUGGACUGGGCAGGAUAUGCAAAUCAUCCUCCUGGUGGUAUGGACUGUGCUUCUUCCUGCCAGCGUACAAGCUGGAGGAAAGUCCUAUACUGGACCAUGUGGAGGGAGAGAUUGCAGUGGGGGCUGUGAAUGUUUCCCAGAAAAAGGAGCUCGUGGCCAACCAGGACUGCUUGGACAGCAAGGAUUCCCUGGGCCAUCGGGAGUGAUGGGCAUACCAGGACUUUCAGGGCACAAAGGGGACAAAGGUGAACGAGGUAGACCUGGCAUAACUGGACCCAAAGGAGAAGUGGGACAAAGAGGAGUCACAGGGUUUCCCGGUGCAGAUGGAAUUCCUGGUCAUCCAGGUCAGGCAGGAUCAAGAGGAAAACCAGGCCAUGAUGGUUGCAAUGGGACCAAGGGAGAUCCAGGUCCACAGGGAAUUCAGGGACCUGCAGGAACUCCCGGGUUUUUUGGAAUCCAGGGACCCAAAGGUCAGAAGGGGGAGCCUUUUGCACUACCUGAAGAAUUAGCUAUACAGUUCAGGGGAAAUCCUGGUGACCCGGGCUUGAUUGGCUUCAUUGGACCUCAAGGUGCUCCUGGACCGGUGGGUGAACCUGGUCUAGAAGGAGACUCAGGUCUUCCGGGACUUCCAGGACCCCCAGGACUGCCAGGGCCCAUUGGCAAUAGAGGCCUUGGCUUUUAUGGAAAGAAAGGUGAAAAGGGUGAAAUUGGACCUCCUGGUCCACCUGGGCUUCCAUCAACAAGAGAAUUAACCAGUUCAAUAGAUGAAAUUCUAAGUGAACACAAGGGUAUGAAAGGGGAAAAAGGAAUGAUGGGAGAACCUGGAUUUCCAGGUUUUCCUGCACAAAGAGCAGAAAAGGGAGAAGAAGGAAUAACUGGCUUUCCAGGACAAAGAGGUUUGCCAGGAAUCAAUGGUCUAAAAGGAGCUAAAGGGGAUGUGGGUAUGCCAGGAAAUUAUGGAAUCCAGGGCAUUCCUGGCCAGAAAGGAAUGAAGGGUGAAUCUGGGGAUAAAGGAAUUCGAGGGCCACCAGGUCACGCACAACAUCCCACCCUUAUAAAAGGUGUACCUGGUGACCGGGGACUGGAUGGCAUUCCAGGGCCUGAGGGAGAGAGAGGAGCCAAAGGCAGUCCUGGCCCACCUGGUACCGAAGGAUCAUUUGAUGAUGUUACUGUGCAAAGAGGUUUUCCUGGAGAAAUGGGCCCCAAAGGCUUCACUGGCGAUCCUGGCUUCCCAGCUCUUCAUCCUGGUCGUCCCGGUUUAGAUGGUGAACCAGGAGCACCUGGCUUCCCUGGACCUCCAGGCCACCCAGGAAGUCCAGGUUAUUCCGUUGGGCUGAAGGGCUAUCCAGGAGUUCAAGGUCCUGCAGGCAGGCAAGGUUAUCCAGGUCCACGAGGACAAAAAGGACUGAAAGGUGAUGCAGGAGAUUGCAAAUGUGUUGAACAUAUCGAAGGAAGAAGGGGUCCUGCAGGACAACCUGGUCCUCCAGGAUUUCAAGGUCCAAUAGGAUAUGCUGGGGGGAAAGGAGAAUUGGGAGACCAAGGCUACCAUGGGCUUCCGGGCUUUUCUGGUAUAAAGGGAAUCCCUGGUGUACCUGGACCAUCUGGACCAAAAGGGAUAAAAGGGGAUUCCCAAUAUGUUACCACAAAAGGUGCCAAGGGAGACCCAGGAACUCCAGGAAUUCCUGGAAGUCAAGGAGAAGAUGGUUUACCAGGCAGGAUUGGCAUAGAUGGUUUUCCAGGGCUUCCUGGUCUUCGGGGUGAUGGCAUAAAAGGAGAACAAGGGGACCCUGGUAGUGAAGGCCAAUCAGGCCUAAAAGGUUUUUCUGGUGAAAUUGGUCUGCCUGGUGUGGGUUUGCCCGGUCCAAAGGGAUAUCGUGGUCCUACAGGUGACCCUGGCACAUAUGGAAAGCCUGGCUUUCAAGGCCCUCCUGGUCCCCCAGGCACUGCAGCUCAAACAGAAUGUGGGCAAACAGAGCACCGCUUUCUUAGAGAUAAUAGAACAGAAUCAAUUCAUUCAGGGACCAGCUGUGUUACCACCCAAAAAGGAACUCCAGGGUAUCCAGGACUGUCUGGACCACCAGGUGCAAAGGGUACAAAAGGGAUUCCUGGUGAACCUGGUUUGUAUGGAUCACAAGGACUGAAAGGACUUCAAGGGGAUCAAGGUCAUGGAGGUACAGCAGGUCCAACAGGAUUCACUGGACCCAGAGGGAGCCGAGGUGCCCCAGGAUUGCCUGGGGAAAAGGGGCUUCUAGGAGACCCUGGUUUGCCAGGUUUGCCAGGCCUCCUUGGGGAAAAGGGGCUGACAGGUGAUGUUCUAGGAGUACCACCAGGCUCUCCUGGGGACACUGGGCCACCUGGAUUCCCAGGAGCAAAAGGUUUGCAAGGAGAUCAAGGCUUACCAGGAAUUAAAGGGAGAGACGGCUUCCCUGGGUCACCUGGAUCCAAAGGGAAUCCUGGGUUUCCUGGGCCUACUGGCCUGACCGGUAUCCGAGGACCACCAGCAACAUUUGGAUUCCCUGGAUCCCCAGGCCAGCAAGGAUCCCUGGGUAGAAAAGGCUCACAAGGAUUUGUUGGAUUACCUGGUGUCAGAGGGGAACCCGGGGAGCCAGGGAAAGUGGGUCCUAUAGGCAUGAAAGGUCUGCCAGGGGACAAAGGUGAACUAGGCUUCAUUGGAACCAAAGGAAAGGCUGGGGAAACUGGUCUCCCUGGCAUUGUCGGAAUGCCUGGUUUUCCAGGUCUUAAAGGUGCUAAAGGAUCCUCUGGCAUUGGAGGUUUCAAAGGUGCUAUGGGGUUCAAAGGAUGGCCAGGACAGAAGGGAAUCCAGGGAGACAAAGGCCUCGCUGGAAAGCAAGGUGCUAAAGGACCACCUGGGGAAUUCGGAUUAAAAGGUGAACGUGGAAUUCGUGGUCUACCAGGAGCACCUCCUAAAAUCAUAUCAAGCAUAAUGCUGGAAGUGAAAGGUGAAAAGGGAGAUAAAGGAUUGUUUGGUGCUAAAGGGACUAUCGGUUUAAAAGGAAGUAAAGGAUUCCUUGGAUUACCUGGUCAGGCAGGAAUACCAGGUUUACCUGGAUUUCCUGGUUUUGAAAAAGGUCAGAAAGGUGACACUGGAAAUAAAGGAAUAAGAGGUGCUCCAGGAUAUGCUGGUAUCCCAGGUCCUCGUGGUAUUCCUGGCUUCCCUGGAAUCACUGGAUGGAGGGGAGAAAAAGGUGUUCCAGGAGUUCCAGGUGCAAUUGGUGAAAGUGGCCAACUGGGGGAAAUUGGUGACAGAGGAGAUACUAUAAAUUUGCCAGGAAGUAAAGGUUCUAAAGGAAUCCCUGGAAUUGCUGGACCACCAGGAUUGAAAGGAAACAAAGGAAAGAAGGGUGAAGCUGGGGGUCAAGGAUAUCCUGGUGUGGAAGGCAUGGAAGGCCCUCAAGGCUCCCAGGGGUUAAUAGGACAAAGAGGAUUCCCAGGGCAGAUUGGGGAACAAGGUGCACCUGGAGAUCCAGGGAAACCUGGAUCUUCUGGUGACAAAGGAAGUGUUGGAAACAUUGGCUCUCCAGGAAGAAAAGGUGUGCAUGGGACCAGAGGACUUCCUGGAUUAGAUGGUUUGCCAGGUACUAAAGGCUUGCUAGGAUCACCAGGUCCAGAUGGAUAUGGCACAUCAGGUUUUCCAGGUGUUUUGGGUGAGAAGGGUACAGCAGGAGAACUGAGCCCCAUUGAAGGCAGUAGAGGACCUCCUGGUCAGAAGGGGGAAAGAGGGGAUCCAGGAUGGCGAGGUUCCACUGGUACUCCUGGACCAGAUGGAAGACCAGGAUUUCCUGGAGUCUCCAAUAUAUCUGGUAUACCUGGCGAUGUGGGUUCACCUGGUUUUGAUGGAGUACCAGGUUACCCCGGACCUUCAGGAACCCCAGGAACACCUGGCUCAUCUGGCUUCAAAGGAGAAGAGGGACUAAUAGGUGUGGCUGGAGAAGAUGGUCUGAAAGGAAUACAAGGAGACCAGGGCCAAGAUGGAAGACCUGGAAUAUCAGGCUUGGCUGGAGCAAAAGGAUAUAAAGGUGAACAAGGAGUCAUGGGCUUUGUUGGCCGAACAGGAAUUUCUGGUGACUUUGGUCCCAUAGGACCUAAAGGAGAUAGAGGCCCUCCAGGGUUUCAGGGACCUCCAGGUUCCCCCGGAUUGCCACCUUUACUUCCUAAACUGGUUGCUGAGCAAGGGGCACUAGGCGCCCGUGGAAAAAUAGGCCCCCAGGGCCCUGCAGGUGAAAUGGGUCCUCACGGUCCCCCAGGAGAUCCAGGUUUUAGAGGCCUGAUAGGUAAACCAGGAGCACAAGGAAGAGGAGGUAUAGCUGCAUCUCCAGGUUUCAGAGGUGACCAAGGAGGACAAGGGCUGCAUGGCCCAGCAGGCUUUGAAGGUGCAGCAGGUGUUCCUGGUACUCCUGGACUGCAAGGUAUGCCGGGCCGCAGUGUUAACAUAGGUUAUCUUCUUGUGAAACACAGCCAAUCUGCUGAAGAGCCGAUGUGUCCAGAGGGCAUGAACCAACUGUGGAGCGGCUACAGCUUAUUGUACUUUGAAGGACAAGACAAAGCGCAUAACCAGGAUCUUGGCCUGGCUGGAUCAUGUCUGGCUCGAUUCAGCACUAUGCCUUUCCUUUACUGCAAUCCAGGGGAUGUCUGCUACUACGCAGGCCGUAAUGAUAAAUCCUACUGGCUCUCAACCACAGCCUCUCUUCCAAUGAUGCCUGUGGCAGAAGAAGAAAUCAGGCCUUAUAUCAGUCGCUGUUCUGUCUGUGAAGCUCCUGCUCUUGCCAUUGCUAUUCACAGUCAAGAUGUUACUAUCCCUCACUGUCCUGAAGGAUGGCGCAGUUUAUGGAUUGGUUAUUCUUUCCUUAUGCACACUGCAGCUGGUGCCGAAGGAGGAGGACAGUCACUGGUUUCUCCGGGUAGCUGCCUGGAAGACUUCAGAGCCACCCCAUUCAUUGAAUGCAAUGGUGCUCGGGGGACCUGUCACUACUUUGCAAACAAAUACAGUUUUUGGCUUACCACCAUUGACCAUCAAUUUCAACACUCACCUUCUUCAGAUACUCUCAAGGCUGGACUCAUCCGAACACAUAUAAGCAGAUGCCAAGUGUGUAUGAAAAAUUUGUAAAAUAAACAACCCCUCCCCCCCAAAAAAUGUCACUUCAAAGUGGCAUGGAUCAGAUUUUGUUGGUGCUUAUUUAACUUAUUACCUCAUCAUUUGAACACAAGUAUUAUCUGGAAGAACAAACACUGCAAGUACAUAUAACCAUACAACUGUUCAGCCUUCGUUCAUGUAUUUGUCAGUUUGAUUUUACCUGCUGCAAAUAAUACAGUCUGUUAUGAGAAUAAAACAAUAGACAAAAUUUCAUUAUUAAAUACACUUGCUGUCAUUUAAAUCUGAUUUACUGUCAGAUCAUAUUUAUCUUGUUUUCUAUGUGUAACUGAACACUAUAGUCGUUGAAUAUUAAAUAAACAUUUAAAUACAAAUGCAAACUGUUAGAAUUUAGGAUUUUAAACUGAAUUUAGCAAACUCAUAUUGUCAAAAUGGAAAUGCCAUUUCAACAUCCUCAAAACAAUCAAAGAGCUGUAUGCUUGCUCUAAGGGAGUCCUGAGGUCUUUCAUUACAAAUCCAAUAGAACUACAAUGUUUUGUGACUGAAGGAAACAUGCACGGAAUAUACUUUUGUUACAAUUAUAUUUCAAGGCCUUUUAUUUUUAUUCAUUGUUACUUUAUUAAACAUCUGUUGCUAUUAAUGCCUAAUUAUUUCUGCAGAGUCUGCAGAGAAUGAACAGUAAGCUUUU